CCUAGCUAGCUCUAUCUACCUACGUACUCUUUCCUAGCCAACCACUCCCACUUGCUAACUAGCAGCAGCCAUGGCCGCCCUCUCCUCGGCAGCGGUGUCCGUCCCUUCCUUCGCCGCCACCCCCAUGCGCAGCAGCAGGAUGGUGGUGCGCGCGUCCCUGGGCAAGAAGGCCGCGAGCGCGGCCGUGGCCGUGGCGGCCAGCGCGAUGCUGCUGGGCGGGUCGGCGAUGGCGCAGGACGUGCUCCUGGGCGCCAACGGCGGCGUGCUGGUGUUCGAGCCCAACGACUUCAGCGUCAAGGCCGGCGAGACCAUCACCUUCAAGAACAACGCCGGGUACCCGCACAACGUGGUGUUCGACGAGGACGCCGUGCCCUCCGGCGUGGACGUCUCCAAGAUCUCCCAGGAGGAGUACCUCAACGCCCCCGGCGAGACCUUCUCCGUCACCCUCACCGUGCCCGGCACCUACGGCUUCUACUGCGAGCCCCACGCCGGGGCCGGCAUGGUCGGAAAGGUCACCGUCAACUAAUUAAGCUAGCUCCAUAUCGCUGUUCUUGCGAGUUUGGGUGGAUUGUUGAUGGGUCAGACCGGACGUGUCAUGCUCAUGCAUGCAUAUUGAUUAAUUGUACCAACGUACGCUAUAUGUAUAUGUGUUUCUACUACUAUAAGAUGAGAUGAGGCUCUUGAUCAUAACUACGUAA